CUUUACCCUCUCUCUCCCUCCCCAGACUCAACCCCCUCUCUUUCUUUUUCUUCCCAUUUCACCCCUCGUCUUUCCUUGUUUCCGGUGAGGGCCAACCACAACAUAUGUUAAACAAGGAACAACCUCCAAAACAUAACAUCCUACGCCAAACAAAACUUUGACCUCCUUCAGAUCUAUACCCUUCUCUCUCUCUCUCUCUUCUAUUUUCAAAUUCUACAUCAUGGGCACGGAGGUUCUACGGCCACAAGAUUGUUUCACCCAACGCAUCGGUGUUCCACCGCCUGGCUUUUCCCGGCGAAGAACCUAUGGUACCCACCACAACAACAAAAACAAUAACGUUAACAAUUAUUUCAGGGGUAACCGGAAGCCGACAACCCGACCCGAACAAAGAAAACGGGUUGUGGACAAAAGGCCCAGUUUAGAUGAUUCGAGGUUUUCGAGUUUGGAGAUGGAGAAGGUCACGAUUCUUCGGAGGGGGGAAUCGCUCGAUUCGAAGCUGAAAACAGAGGCUUUGAAGAAGGAAGGUGAUAAUUUGGUCGUGGUUGGGACCCAGAGGCUCGGACCCGACCCGGAUAUGGUCCCGAAGCAGAUCCGGAUCGUGGAUUUCAGGUCCGGGCGCGAGAUUUACGCCGGAUCCGCGUUCGCGGUGUCGCCGUCGCCGAGCGCGCUGCCCUUGCCGUCUUUUUCGAAGAGGCAGCCGGCGGUGGCGGUUGCCGACUCUGCGACCCGUGAUCUUAGGCGUCUUCUCCGGCUUGAAUGAGCCGAAUCGGUGCCGUUUCCGGAUUUCGGGUCGGGUCUGACCCGACUCUAACCUAUCUUGUGUUCCUUUCUUCGUUCUCUUCCUUAAUCUAGAAUCUUCUGCUUCUCCUUUACGCCCCUCUGAUUUUGGAGUUAUGACCCGACCGUGAUUUUUUUAAACGGGAAGGCAGAUCUGGAAUUGGGAAAGUUUGGGGGCGAAAGUGUUAAUAAAAGAAGUUUGGAGUAAUUUAUGACAUCUUGUAAGAAUGUAAGAUCUUGUGGUUGUGGUGGUGGAGGAUGGGUUGUGAAGGGUAUGUUUAGGUUGUAAUUUCAGGUAGGAAUGGAAAAAAUAAGUUAUAUUAAAAAAACAAGACAAAAAAGGGAGGAAGAUGGGGGGUUGAUUUGUAAAAUCCGGAAGUGUAUGGGGUUCUUUAUGUGGGCUAAAAUCGAUUCUGCUUGUAGGUCUGUAUACCCUUUUGUAAUGUAAAGUGAAAAAUUAAAUAGGGAAAUGUGGCCAGGUUCAGAUUAUCUUU